AUGCAAUUACCCACAAUUCUAUUCAUCAGCCUGCUUUGUCUCACUUCAGCACUACUACAUUCACCCCAGCCAUUAAAGAAUCGCAUAGUUUUUGACAAUGCUCGAAUACCGGUUGACGUGGCACAUUCGCUAGCACAGCAGAAAUUCCUGCUGGGUCAAUUUGAGAUAAUAUCCCUAACCUCGAACCAAGAAAUUGAACCCUACGUAUGCCACCUACCUGCCGAUAAGGAGGUCAAUGUGUCCAAACCGAUACAUUCAAGCACUACAUUUGAGUUGAAGCAGGCUGCUAUAGAUAUCAUUCAGGAAACAUUCGAUAACGGGAAUUGUACAUUGGAGUUCAACAUACAGGCAGGUUACUGGACCGUGGGGUAUUGUUUUGGUGAUAAAAUUAUGCAAUUCCAUGAAGAUGUCAUUGACUUUGUGAGUGGUCAACAUAAGGCACAAUUGCCAAACCAUGUGUACGUGCUUGGAAAAUUCCCCAAUGUAAAGUCUUACAAACAAACUGAAAUAAGAAAUCAAAAUGGUAAUCAAAAAGUUGUGCUAGAUCCCAGAGACUUUGUUGUAUUUGAAGGUGAAUUCAGCUCUUUUGGCGAUGACGAAGUUGACUAUUCAACAAAUGCGCAGAAGUUUAUUAAACAUACAUUGGGCAACGGAGAAAUUUGCGAUUUGACUUUGCAACCGAGAUCAAUUGACAUUGUGUACAAGUGUGAUGAAGAUUUUGGAAGGCCAGGUAUUAUCGAUAUUCAAGAGAUCAAGACAUGCCAAUAUCAAAUGAUUGUCAAUGUACCUGGACUUUGUCGAAUUGAAGAAUUUAGGAAGAACUUGAUUCAAGAGAAUAUAAUAGAUAUAACAUGCAAAAAGAUAGAGGGAAGUACAAACUCGUCGGUUGAUGAUGUUUCAUACGACACUUUUUUCAACUAUAACCAGUCUGUCAUUGGGUCACAAGUUGCCAAAGUCAAGAACGAAAAAAUCGAUUUGAACCAAUUUAUCAUCAACCCUAUUGGUGAUGGAUUUUAUCUUGGAGCUUUGAAGCCAGAGUAUAAACGGGAUGUGCCGUAUUGGCGUACAAGAGUGAUUGCAAUAAACGCCAACAACAAGGACAAGGCAUACUUGCUCGACCAAUUUGGCAAACAAUUUCUCAAUUCCUUGGAUAGAAAAUUUCCAUCGCCAAUAAUGAUAAAUGACAAUGUGGCAUUGACACUCCAAUGGAAUGACUCGUUUAUCUAUUGGCUUGAAAUGUAUGAUUUAUUUGGUAACUUUGUUGCCUUGUUCAAAAUAACCCGCGAUGGGAAACAAAAUAAUAACGAGGUUGAAAUUCAGAGAUUCUAUGCUGUUGAAAAGGAAAUUGCUCUGAGCUUUGAUGUCGGUCUGGACUACUUUGAUCAUCCAAAUGAGUAUUGGAAUUUUGAGUUCUUCAAAAGAGGUGAAGCAAAGUAG